UCUCCCUCUCCCUCUCCCUCUCUCCCUUGUUUCCAAAAUGGAUCGUCAACUUCUUCUUGAAGCAACAGGAACGCUUUUAGCCUUCCUUGUACUCUAUUGCCUGUGGAAGUCGAAAGCCAGUACGGGUAUUAAUGCGCCGGAGCCAAAAGGUGCGUGGCCGAUUAUAGGCCACCUCCAUCUUCUAGGUGGAAAAACUCCGGUUUUCCGGACUCUCGCAGCCAUGGCCGACAAACAUGGGCCCAUUUUCACUAUCCAAAUUGGUAUGCGGCGGGCCCUAGUGGUGAGCGGCAAGGAAACCAUCAUGGAAUGCUUCACCACCAAUGACUGCGCUUUUGUUUCACGCCCGAAGUCUGCCGCCGUGAAAUACAUGGGGUAUGAUGGUGCCAUUUCAGCGCUCGGUCCUCAUGGUCCCUACUGGCGUGAGCUUCGUAAGGUGAUGACUCUUGAGCUCUUAUCGAACCGUCGCCUGGAGCUUUUGAAGCACAUGCGGGCCUCGGAGGUGGGCUUGUGUAUCAAUGACUUGUACUCACUGUGCGUCAAACAAUUGAAUGGUGUUUCUGAAGGAGGAGAUAACUGUCAUAAACCUGGUGCUACAAAGGUAGACAUGACUCAUUGGUUUCGGCUAGUAACUAUGAACCUAAUGCUCCGGGCAAUUGCAGGGAGACGAUAUGGCCUCAGUGAGGAUGAGAAAGACGGGGAGGCUAGGCUUUUCACCAGAGCCAUGGACCAGUUUAUGUUUCUUACUGGAUCUUUCGAGUGCUCUGAUGUGAUACCAUUCAUCGGGUGGAUGGAUUUGCAAGGACAUUUGACAUUGAUGAAGCAAAAUGCCAAAGUGAUGGACUGUUUCAUGAGCAGAUGGCUGGAAGAACAUGUCCAGAGCCGGAAAAACGGCCAGGUGAAACAGGAACAGGACUUUAUGGACGUGUUGUUGUCUAUAUUUCCGGAAGAUGGCAUGGAACAUGGUCACACUAACAAGAGCAUCAUCAAGGGAACUGCCCUGAGUCUUAUCCUAGGAGGCUCUGAUACCACAACAGCUGCCAUGAUAUGGGCACUCUCCCUCCUCCUAAACCACAACAAAUACCUCAAACUUGUCCGACAAGAACUAGACAUGCACGUUGGCAGAGAAAGGUGGGUGGAGGAAUCUGAUAUCAAAGACCUAAUCUACCUCCAGGCCGUCGUCAAGGAAACAUUGCGACUCUACCCUCCGGGCCCCUUGUCGAUCCCCCGCGAAUCAAUAGAAGAUUGUCAUGUGGCCGGGUACUUUGUUCCUAAAGGGACUCGCCUGAUAGUGAACGUAUGGAAGUUGCAUCGCGAUCCUCGUGUUUGGACUGAUCCUUGUGAGUUUCGGCCUGAGAGGUUUCUUGAUAGUAAUGCAAAAGCUGGUGAAAGAGGGCGCGAAUAUGAGUUCGAGUAUUUACCGUUCGGUUCAGGGAGAAGAUCGUGCCCAGGAGCUAGGGCAGCGCAUCUGAUGAUGCACUUGACGCUUGCUUGUUUGCUUCAGGGAUUCGACAUCGCAACGCCGACAAAUGAGGCUGUGGACAUGAGUGAGGGAUUGGGGCUAACCUUGCCUAAAGCAACUCCGCUUGAGGUCGUGGUCUCCCCACGCCUUAAACGUGAGCUUUACCUGCAGUAGAGCAGACAUAGUACGUGGAGUAAGGGGUGUCUGUAACAUGGAAAAUAAAGUGGAAAAUUACUUUGUGAUAUGAGGGAGAGGUCUUGUUGUUUGAAAGGGAAAUGAUUGGGUGAGAUUUAUGAAGGGUAAGGGGUGGGGUAGGUGUACAUUAGCAUGUAUGUGAAUCAAAUUAGGCCUCCUAAGUGCACUUCCUUUUUUUGUCUUUAUUUAUACGAACUUAUAAAAAUAUCCUCCAUGCAUUCUUGGAAAAGUCUUCAAUACAUACCAUUUUA